AUAAAAGUCUGGGGCAUGGAUUCAGGACCAAGUGAGAGAGAGCAGCAGCCUUCCCACUGAGUGAUCCUGGAUUGCACCGCGUCUGCGGGGGGUCGGCGGUGAGCGGAGAGGCAGACGGGCGCUGUGCAGCCGGUGAUCGCGAUGGACCGCGAUGCCCGAUGUGUACUUGUGCAGUGUUUGCAGUGUUUUGCGAUGUCUGUUCUGCUUUAGCAAAACUGCCGAGGCUUUGCGUUGCGUCGCGGCUGUGCUGCCGGUACGUGCCCACCCACACUUGUGUUUGGAUCGACAAAGCGCCGUUGGGACUUGUUACCACUUUUCCCGGCUCGGAUCUGUGGAUUUUUAAUAUAUAUAUACAUAUAUAUACUCCUUAAAUUAAAAAAAAAUCACAUUUUUUUUUUGUCCUGGAUGAGCCGGACGCAAUUCAUGAUAUGAGAUGGGAGGCGGAUUGCAUCGUCUGAAAAUGCUGCUGUGGGUUGUGUUGGUGCACACGACUCUGGGUUUUACUUGGGGCAACAAGACGACGGACCUUUGCGAAAAGAUCUGCACUUGCACAGAGGUGGAAGGCGUUUUGCAUAUCGAUUGCGAGAAGAGAGGACUCUCCAACCUGCAGCACUUCAGCGCACCGACCUCCCGAUUUUACCAACUCUUCCUCUACAGGAAUUCCCUGACCAGGCUCUUCCCCAACGAGUUCACCAACUUUUACAACGCGGUCACUUUGCAUUUGGAAAGCAACGGAUUGCACGACAUCAUCCCGGGAUCUUUCCUGGGGUUACAACUGGUGAGGCGCCUGCACAUCAACAACAACAAGAUCAAAGCGUUCAGGAAACACACUUUCCUGGGGCUGGAUGAUCUGGAGUAUCUGCAGGCGGAUUUCAAUCUGCUCAGAGACAUCGACGCCGAGGCGUUCAGGGAUUUGAACAAGCUGGAGGUUCUGAUAUUAAAUGACAACCUGAUCAGCACUCUCCCGUCCGAUCUCUUCCUAAGUGUGCCCAUCACACAUCUGGAUCUCCGGGGGAACAGGCUUAAGACGCUGCCUUACGAGGGAAUUCUGGAGCUGAUCCCCGGGGUGGCUGAAAUCUUGCUGGAGGACAACCCCUGGGACUGCACCUGUGAUCUGCUGCCCCUUAAAGAAUGGCUGGAUCACAUCUCCCAUUCAGCCUUGAUUGGAAGAGUAGUUUGUGAGGCACCGAUGCGGUUACAAGGGAAUGACUUAAAUGAAACUUCAGAACAGGAUUUAUGCCCUUGGAAGAUUGAUUUAAGUCUUAUGGUUCCACCAACCCAAGGGGCAUCUGGGCUGCCUUCGACUCCUGUCAUUCAGCAUCCUAAGUCACCAACGUCAGCUUCAGGGCACAAGACAUCAAAGCCACGUGGAAACUGGCAACACAGGACAAUACCUCCAGCCGAGGUAUGUAACGAGGAGUACAGUGGUCCACCUUUAUUAGCUGGAUGUCCAACAGCUUGUAGCUGCUCUGUGGAAAAUCCUGAAUCGGGUCUCAAGGUUAAUUGCAGGGGCAGCAAAAUUGAGAGUCUAGCUGACCUUCAGCCGAAACCAUUAAAAGCACAGGAAUUCUUCCUUAGACAAAACAAUAUAGGAAUCGUAAAGAAAAUGCAUUUCCUGGACUACAGUGGUUUGACUUUGUUAGAUUUGGGAAAUAACGCUAUAAAGCUAAUAGAAAACAACUCGUUCCAUAAUCUCUCUGAUUUGCGUUGGCUGUAUCUGGAUAAUAACAAUUUAGAAACUCUCAUCCCAGAUAUGUUUGUGGGGCUCCAAAGUACAGAGUACCUGAACCUGGAGUUCAAUUUGAUUCAGCUGAUCCUACCAGGCACACUCAACACCAUGCCAAAACUGAGGGAGUUGUUUUUACACAACAAUCUUUUGAAAUCUUUACCUGUGGAUGCAUUUUCUUCCAUCUCACUCUCCAAACUGAGUCUACACACUAACUAUUUCAUGUACCUUCCAGUCACGGGGGUUUUGGAUCAGCUAACUUCAGUUGUGCAAAUCGACCUGCAUGGAAAUCCAUGGGACUGCUCGUGCAAUAUUAUAGCUUUCAAGCAGUGGGUUGAGAGGCUGGGCCCCGAUGUCGUCGUGAGUGAAUUAAAAUGUGCAUCGCCUGAAGAAUUUUGGGACAGAGAUUUUAAGUCUAUAAGCAAUGAUUUAAUGUGCCCGGAGCUGCAUGCAAAAAUCCAUACAGUAGUUUCCUCAUCCAGUAACACCACCAUGUCACCAGAAACAGGGACUCAUGUGAAUACCUACUUAGAGACCAGCAGAGUUUCUAUCUCUGUGCUGGUGCCUGGGCUUUUACUCGUCUUUGUGACCUCUGCCUUUACGGUUGUUGGCAUGCUGGUGUUUAUCUUGAGAAAUCGUAAGAGAUCAAGAAAAAGGGAUACAAACUCCUCUGCGUCAGAAAUCAAUUCGUUGCAAACAGUGUGUGAUUCUUAUUGGCACAAUGGGCCUUACCAGGGAGAGGGACCACACAGAGUUUACGACUGCGUUACACACUCUCUCUCAGAUUAGGUUUCAUGAAAGGGAAUCCUGAAAAAUGUGAUUGAGAACAGCAUAUUGUCAGGAGAUGAGGACAUGAGAGUGCUGUUUAAACACUCCUGAUGUAAAUAGAAAUAUCGUUGCUCUCUGCUAAGAUUCUGAAAUUGAUUGACACACUCAGCUUUCUAUUGAAAAUAGAAAGUACACGUGCAACUGCAGUGAAGAUAACUUUUAGAACUAACUUUUAUUCCCCCCUGAUGUGAAACAUACGUGCAUUUUGGAAGAAGCAUAAAGACACGCAACGUUAUACUUUUCGGUGGUAUUUUCAUGUCAAUAUUCAGAAUGUAAAUGAUAAUUAAUCAGUUGUAUAAAAAUAUAAAGAAGAUUUUUUGUCGUCGGGAAAUAUGGGAGAAUUGUAAAAAAAAACAAAAAAAGGGGGAAGUAGAUACAAUUUAGAUUUUACAGUUGUAAAAUUGCACGAUCGCAUGAAUGUAUUGUACAGACGUGUCUAAUUAGAAACAAGUGAUGCAUGUCAUGCAUGAACUCAACACCACAGGGACACACCACAUAACGCUGGAGGAAAUAGCUAUUACCACAUUCCAUUUAUGAGUACUAAUUGUAUUCUAUAAAGUCAUGUAUUCAGUAUUGAUCAUAGUGACCUUUCAGUUUAUUUUUUCUGUGAUUAUAAUUGUGCAGUUUGUGUUAUUAUUGCUUAGAUAAGGUGUAAGCUGCAAAUUUAUAUUGCUUUAGACCAUAUUUGAUCAGGCAUGGUUAGUAACUAUUUAUUUUUUUACGUUUUUUUCAAAUUUUUUGGUGUUAUUUUAUAUUUGCUAAUGCCUAUGUUCAUUUAAAUCUCAGAGUAGUUACUAUGUUUUGUACUGUGGUGAACAAAGUAAAAUGCCCAAUGGAAUAUUCUUUUUUUCUUUGGAAUAAAUAUGGAAAGUUCAGUCUUACUCCAGCAUGACCAAUUAAUGUCAAUCUAUUCCUCAGACUGCAUCAGUAAUACUAUGUCAACGAUCGUGUUUAAGUCAAUGCUGUGUAACAUGAUAAACAGAGAAUGCUACAGAGGUGGCACGUAGAGGACAUUUAAUAUAAUUAUUCAAGGAUUUUAUAACAGCAACAGUUUUCAACAUUAAAAUAUGACUGUGGUUUAA